AUGGCGGAAGCUCUAACAAACACUGAUCUGCAAGGAUCUUUACCCCUCAUUGCUCGUGGCAAAGUCCGUGACCUAUAUGAGGUCGACGAUAAGACCUUACUCUUCGUUGCAACCGAUCGAAUCUCCGCAUACGACGUGAUCAUGGAGAAUGGUAUCCCUAACAAGGGCGUUCUUUUGACACUCUGUACGAAGACCUGGUUCGAUAUUCUCUCCAGCACUGUCCCUGGACUACGCACACAUUUCCUCACCCUUGACCUCCCUUCCCAAAUCCCCGAGUCUCUGCGACCCGUGCUUCAGAACCGCGCAAUGCAAGUGCGCAAACUGCGCAUUCUCCCAAUCGAGGCCAUUGUUCGGGGAUACAUCACUGGCUCUGCUUGGAAGGAGUAUCAAAAAUCUGGCACUGUGCACGGUAUCCCCGUCCCUGCUGGUCUGAAGGAGAGCGAGGCAUUUCCCAAUGGUCCAAUCUAUACCCCUAGCACAAAGGCUGAACAGGGGGAACAUGACGAAAACAUUCACCCGGACCAGGCCGUCGCCAUUGUUGGAGAGCCAUACGCAUCUAAAAUUGCCGAUCUCGCUGUGCAGCUGUACAAGGCUGCUCACGUGUAUGCACUUGAGCGUGGUGUGAUCAUCGCGGAUACCAAGUUUGAAUUUGGUGUCGACGAGGAAACUGAUGAGAUUGUCCUGGCUGAUGAAGUCUUGACCCCAGACUCUUCUAGAUUCUGGCCUCAAGCAUCAUACACCAUUGGUCAGGGUCAGUCGAGCUUUGACAAACAGUACUUGCGAGACUGGUUGGUUUCUGAGGGUCUCAAGGGCAAGAACGGUGUUCGGAUGACUGAGGAGGUUGUCCAGCAGACUGCUGAUAAAUAUAAGGAAGCUUGGGAGAAGAUUACUGGUGGCAGGUAG